AUGUCUAUGGAUGAUGAUGAAGAAGAUGAUGACGAAGAUGAUGAUGAUGAAGAAGAUGAUGAUGAUGAUGCUGCUGAUGCUGAUGAUCAAGAUGAUGAUUUAUCGAUCAGGUGUUUAUUGAGGCAAGUGCAUCUUGUAUCUCCGGUGUUUAUGAUGCUACCUGGUAGUUGCUUCUGGAAGAAGAUGAUGGGAAACGAUAACGUAAACAACAAUAACAACAACAACAACAACAUCGACCGUAACAACAAUAACGACAACAACAACAACAACAACGACCGUAACAACAAUAACAACAACAACGACUGUAACAACAACAACGACCGUAACAACAACAACGACCGUAACAACAAUGACAACAACAACAUCAACGAAAACAACAACGACAUUAACGGCAACUACAACUUCAAUAACAUCAACAACAGAAUAAUUAAUAACAACUCUCCAUUCUUUAUUGAUGGCGAUCCUCAAUUGAAAUCAAUGUACGAAGAAGCCAAGGUUAAUAAUAAUUGA